UAAUUUCUUUUUAACUUGCAGGUAACUAGCAACACACAGCCGCUGUCAUUGGCCCGGGAACAUGUCAGAGGUCAACGAAGACUGGAGCCGAAGUGACCCUACGCCUACUUGAGGAACUUGAGAUUCUUACUUGGGUGACACAUGGAAUCUCGCGAGUGAGAUCCUGACAUGUAAAUCUAUGAAAAGACUGAAUGUUGAAAUGGGUAAUAUUUAAUGCAACAAAAUUAAUGUUAAAAUACUAUUAUGUCUCUGAUGAAUGGAUGUUGCAUUUGAUGUUACUGAACAUUACCCAGUUUGAAAAUGCCUUUGCCAGUCCUUUGAUUUGUCAUGGAAGAUUGAUUCAGGAGAUGAGCAUUAUUUUAAUGGCAGAGAAUCAUAAAAGCUGAUGACAGGGAGAGUGAGGGUAACAGGUCUCUGUUUUUGACAAACCCACAGAGAUUGAUGUAUACAUAGACUUUCUAACAUAAUGGUUUUACUUUACGUAAUGUUGAUUACGAGAAGACAGUUUAAUCAUGGAAAUUUGUGAAAGCUAAUGACAAAGAGUAAGUGUAACAGGUCUCUGUUUUAAACAAUUUGGAGAAGGAGAAGGACUUCCAGCACAUUAUUUUGGGCAGCCCAUUCUUGAAGAUGGAAUCGGAAGGUCAUUUAAAGUUGUCUUCAAUCAAACAGGAAAAUGAGGCUGUGGAAGAUGACCUACCUGCGGUCGGUGCCGCCGACAGCUUGGAAUUCAUGGAACCUAGCGUGGAAAUCAAGGCGGAGCCGGAAGCUCAGCCAGAAUUCAUAGAUCCUGAUGAGAUCGAUGUGAAGUAUCCAUGCACGGCCUCAGUCAAACUUGAGAAAGAUCCACUGAGCUGCGACGAAGAGUAUGCUAAGGAGAUUAAGGAAGAAGACGAUGAUGUACAGACGAACGAGACUCCAAAGGACAUCCCCGAGAUACCCUUCGUCUCGUGCGGGGAACUGCUAGAACCAGAAUGGCCUUCUGAAAGCCGUGGAAAUGCAGGCAGAGGCAGAGGCAGAGACCCGGCACUUGCCGGGAAGAAGGUGUUCACCUGCUCUGUGUGCCAGCACCGUUCCACCGGCUUCAGCCACUUUGAGAUCCACAUGAGGACCCACACGGGCGAGAAGCCCUUCUGCUGCACCGAAUGCCCCAGGAGGUUCGCCAGGUCAAGCACCCUCAAGAUUCAUAUGCGAACCCAUACGGGGGAGAAGCCCUUCGCCUGCGCGGAGUGCCAGAGCCGUUUCUCGACGUCGGGCCACCUCAGGAGGCACGCGAGGAUCCACACGGGGGAAAAGGCGCCCGUGGGCCCUGCGGGGGAGAAGCCCUUCGUCUGCACGGUGUGUGACAGCCGCUUCUCCAUGCUGUACAAAGUGAAGAACCACAUGAGAACGCACACGGGAGAGAAACCCUUCAGCUGCACGGAGUGCGAGAGCAGCUUUUCCAACUCCAGCAACCUGCAGAGACACGUGCGCACUCACACGGGGGAGAAGCCCUUCGCCUGCGAAGAGUGCCAGGCCAGCUUCACCCAGCUUCACAACCUGACUGUCCACAUGAGGAAGCACAGGGGCGAGAAGCCCUUCGCGUGCUCCGAGUGUCCGCGGAGCUUCUCCCGCUCCUUCGAUCUGAAGAGCCACAUGAAGUCCCACACGGGGGAGAAGCCCUACUCCUGCGCCGAGUGCAACCGCAGCUUCUCGUUUUCGCACAUUCUGAGGAGACACAUGAAGGUCCACCACAUCAUAGAAUCUGAUAAGUAAGGUUUCAUUUCAAACUUGAGCAAAAACUAACAAUAAUAAAAGAACACCAUGAUUUACACAGUUACUGUUAGCCCAGCUUACCGCAUGAAACGAGGAAUCACUCAAACACUUCUGCAGCCCACAAAUACCAAAAUUAAAUAUGUAACCUUAAAUAAAAUACAUGUUCGCACAAAAUUUAUAAAAGAACUCGAAUACAUUACAACAAUAUGAAGAAUAAGACGGCUACUCCAUUGGGCACUUAAUCACAGUAGAGGACCAGGUGAGACUGAUUUAUACUUCAAAUAGGUGGUUGGAAGAAAACCUAAAGGAGGCAUGGCCAGCAAAAGCACUCUGGAAACGUUAACUAAAAGGUUCAUUCAAAGGAUCUCAAACAGAGGUACAGUAAAAUUGCACUGUACAUUACUACCAGAUCAAAUAAUACUAGCUAUAUACAAAAAUACAGUACCAAUGUGGCAGAUGGGUGACACUGCGUUGAGGAACAGCGAAAGAGAUUGGCACUAGAACACUACCCCGAGGAAUCCCCCUGGAAGAGCUCCCUCUGGGUAGCACAGAUAAAGUGGCACUGGAACCCUACCCGAGGAACUCCCUCUUUCUGACCAUUUUGCUUCCAUUAGCCUAUGGAUGCAAGUGGUGAGGGCUAUCGGCCUAUUAACUGCUAGAUAAGAAGCAUCUUUUCCUUACGGAAUGGAAUGUGCAGAACCCAGGUCAUAGGUCAAAUGCUGUGACCUAUGAUGAAUUCGUCCUAUGAGAUCAUUCAUCGCUGAAAGGGAAAUCGACAGGAACAGAAAGGUUUGAAAGGUGUAGCAGGAGGAAACUCAAUUUCAACAUGAAGCAAAGAGUGGGAAAGUUAAAUAAAUCACUUAAUAAAGAGAUUAUUGGAGGGUCUACUUUGUUAAUUACUUAACAAAGAUUUGGGUUGGGUAGGGCCACCUAAGUGACAGCAGGCGUCCAAAAAAGUAGUUAAAUAAUUAAUUACUUACAUAAGUGGUUUGAGAAACAUUCAAAUUUGCGAUAGAUUAUUUUUAUUAAGUAAUUAAGUGACUUGAAUUUUAUUCAAUCGGCUUCUCAAUAUUUUUAUCCCUGUGUAAUAUUAUUCAUAGUAUUUUUCUGUAAUAAUUUAAUGUAAUUUAUAAUUCUAAGCUUAAUUUAAAUGUAAUUUUUUAUUCACUUAUAAAAUUAUAAGUGAAAAUGUUAAUAAUUCUUUUCAUUAUCCGUCUGCUUCCCCCAGUAAGUGUCCUUUUUUCUCUCUCUCCUUAUGUAAACCCUGCUUAUAAAUAAGCAGUUCAUGGCUCUCCCUACCUACCCACUGCUGGUAGUUAAUGACCUUGUCUGAAAGUUAAACUAAAUGGCUCUGUAAAGGAUGUAGGGUUUUAUUUGCGUUGAAGAACAAAUAAAGAACCAUUUUGGCAACGAACAACAUUAAUCUGGACUUCUCUAGUAAGACAGGAGGAGGUCUAGUAACAAGGCAUUGGCUACGUAGCCAAUGACAUCUAGAUGUAACACUACACAAGAACAGAUAAUAACAGAAGCUAUGUCAAAUCUACGUUCAAAUGUUCUUCAGGCUUGAUGUAGCUGAUAUGUUAUGAUGUAUUUCAGCCCAAAUCUUGAUAAAUUGUGUAUUUUAUUCUUGUAUCGGCCUCGUGCAACUUACUGCUGCAUCCCUGUAGACAGAACUAUGGACCUAAUUAUUGACUGUGUCUACAGGGACCCCUCCCUCUACGCCUCAUGGUCAAAUACAGGGAGUCCCUCCCCGGGUUACGCCAGACUCAGCUUAUGCCUUCCGAGUUUACAGUGCUCUUCAAAUAUAUUUACCAAAAAUUAUUUAUUUCCCAGGUUACAAUGCAUGUUCUGGGUGUGUGAUGCCGAGCCAGUGGUAGAAAUAAGCCUCCAACUACAAAAGUCCUACAAAUAAUACAAACCAUAGAAAUCCUACAGAUACUAAAAAUCCUAAAAGUACUACUACAAUUCAUAGAAAUCCUUCAAUAAAAAAAUACAAGUGAAGUUAGAAUAAUAAUUAUAAAUUGAAUUAUUGAUUCAAUUCACAGAAUAAAAACCAAAUAAACCAAUGGAAACGAUUUAAUACUAUAACAAAAAAUAAUAAAAUCAAUUUGGAAAAAAAUAAAAAUGAAGGAAUAUAAUCAAUUUUGUGAGAAAUAAAUAAAAUUUAUUACUAACAAAAAAUAUAGUAAAUUUGACAAAAAAAUAAAUUUUCUAAUAUACUAGCAAGCUGGUUUUUUUUAUUAUGCCAUGUUUAAAUGCUACAAUUAUAAUUAUAUAAAAAUAUGAUAUAUAUAACAAGAGUAGAGGUUGGAAUGAUAAUGUGACUGCCUGAGAGUCUUAAUUAAAAUCCAGUAACUUCAGUACAUUUUAUUACAGAUAGAAGCAGAUUUAUCAACAUGAAUGCCUUUGACAUAACCUGUUUCCAAUGUAGGAUUUUCAAGAUAUUAAUAAAAAAAAACUUAAACCUACUGAAAAGCAAAAAUAAUUGUUUUUUUAGUUAUUACUAGUAGUAGUAGUUUUGGUGAAGACUAUGGAUGAUGAUGCCACGGCUUAAUAAAUAAAAACUCAUAUCAUAACACUUGUGGUACUUCCCAUAUAUACGGCCUUUGUAACACAAUACACAAACCACCAAACAAAGACAACAUCCACAACUUUAAAAGACCACUGCACAAACAAUCGCUAACAACACAAAAUAACAACAAUAUGACAAGCCAACUACACACACACACCCAUUAACAACAUCAAGAAAUCACAUCAGCUCAUCCAACAAUAUCCCUCAACAACUAACAGCUAUAACAACUCAUAUAUAACAACAGAAACUCACAAUCACAACAAAUUCAACAACCUUCAAACACAGGUCGUAUGCUUGCGCAGUUCGAUGACGUUUGCCUGAGUCGUUUCUGGAACAUUUUGAAAAGCAGGCAAAAGCAAUCUUCCUUGGAUAGUUAUUUUUUAACUUUCUUAUCCGCAUAGUUUUGAGCACACUCUCCCAGAGACCCAAGGUGUCUGGGAGGCGCGCUCGACAGUGCGAAAAAAUAAUUAUUUAGAAAAUUCAGCAAAAAUAUAAAUUUGAUGCCAACAACGUUAAUUUUGCUGUCCUUUUUUUCUAAAUGUUAAUAUUUUAUGGUGGAAUAGUCAGAAUAAGAGUCCCAGCCCUCUAAAUACGAAAAAAUGUGAGUUAUUUAAAAAAAAAAAAAUUCCUUUUUUUUAUGUUUUCGUUCGUAACCCACAAACUAUGAAAGUCAGGCAAGUGAAUUAUUUUUUAUGAGAAAGCCAAUAAAAUUUUCUAAAUAUUGACAUAUAAAUCAAUGGAAAACGAUUAAGUCCAGCCGGUGGAAAAAUUGAUAGAAAAGAGGGUAAGAAACAGAGCGCUCUGCCCGGCGGCGCGCAUAUUCCUGAAGUCUGGAUGGAAAUAGACCCUCUGGGAUAUUAGAACCAAUCAGAGCGUGUUUUGGAGCCCUGACGUUGUGAGACUCCGUCCUCCUUAGUGUUACCACCUAUAAACUUUUCUUAAUUCUUGCAAAAGCACCAGUUUUGAAAAUAUUAAUCUUAUAUAAUACGUUAUAAUAUUGGUAAAGUAUAUUAGUUAUUAUAGAUGCAUACAGAAUAUACGUAUCAACUAUGCUGUACCAGUUAGCAUUUACGCUGGAGCUUGUUAUUAUAAAAAGGUACUGAGAGUCUGAGUAGGCGAGGUAUAUGGCAACACUGCUCAAUGUAAACAAACUGCAUGUGCUGUUCCUGUUCUGUAACUUAUGCCGAAUUGUUGAGUCUGUAGUCUACAGUCCUCCUAGUCGUUUUUUUCGUCGUGUGUUACUUGUACUUUAGUCACUAUGGAGUGUACAAGAAAUCCCGAGUUGCUAGAUUUUGAAGGCAGUGGCUUCCAUAAUAUUAUUUUGCAGAAAAAUAAAGAUUUCGUGUGCUUACGAACUACUGCUAAAUCAAGGGAAGAUUUCGACAAGUGGAGAGAAGUAUUCAACAUCAAGAAUUGUAUGUGAAUAAUCUUUUGUAUAUAAUAAACUUUUGUAUAAAAUAAUCUUUUGUAAAUAAUUUGUUUUUUUCCCUUAUAUUCCAAGCUAUGCAGUUGAUUUUAAAAUUUACAAUAAAAUAUCAGCAAAGGAAAGCUUUUUGGUAUCCGAGGCUGCAAUGGUAAUACAUAUGUAUAAUAUAAGCAAAGCAAAAAUUUUGCAUAGUUUAGGAUAUCUGCACAACAAAACCUGAGCAUGGCCUUGGUUGUAAUACGCAGCGUAAAUUUGUGCUUUAUUACGUAUCUGUGCAAAUUGACAAAUUUUUCUGGUAUAUUUUUCUUUGACUAGAAUGAAUUUGCUACUCAUUUCCGUUGGAUAUUAUUAAAAGAAUAUGCUUUUUUUUAUUGCAACAUAGAUUUACCCUAGCAACUACAAUAAAGGUCUAUAUUUCCUGUCUCACACCAUGUAUACUUCCGAACAUGAAUUACCAUCUGUAUUCUAGCCUAACCUGACUAAAUAUGUACAUUUCAAAAACAUUGAGUAAAAACUACAAAACAACAUUAGAAAUGAUUCCAAAUAAAAUUCAAAAUAACAAAAAUUUUAAACUGUCAGCCUACUUCAUUAACUAAAUGCCUAAGUGCCGAGGCCAAUAUGAGUAGUUGGGUCAUUUUUUCAAUGGGUGAAGUAUUACGUAACGAAACAGCUGAUUGCCAGGAGAUCAUAGUCCUCCUGUCGAGGCCAAUAUAAGUAGUUAAAUCAUUUUUCAACGGGUGAAGUAUUACGUAACGAAACAGCUGAUUGACAUGGGAUCAUAGCCCUUCUGGUGUAUUUCAUUGAGCAAUGUUGCCAGCCAUAUGCCUUGCGUAUCUCGGUACUUUUUUUCAUAAUUAUAUUUACCAAUAUUAUAACCUCACAAGAUUAUAUUCUCAAAACUGGUGCUUCUGCAUGAAUUAUUAUGUAAUGAAGCGGCUGAUUGCCAUGGGCACCGUAUACAUCUAUAAUAACUAUAUUUACCAAUAUUAAACCUAUUAUAUAACAUUAAUAUAACUGGUGCUUCUGCAAGAAUUAAGAAAAGCGUAUACAUGGUAGCGCUAGGAGGGCGGAGUCUCACGACGUCACCGCUACAAAUCACGGUCUGAUUGGUUAGAAUUAUCGCUAGAAUUUUUUUUUUUAAGCCCUAUCUCGUUUAUUUUUCAUAGAAAUUCCUUUGUAAAUAUACGAAAAUGUAGAGGAAACGAAAAAUAAAGGGAAAGUCAAGAAAUAUGGCUUUGGUAAUGGCAACAGCUUCAUCUUGACGUUAUAAGUUGAUUGAGACGAGAAAAAAUGUUACCGUUGUCAACAUUAUUGUUCGUAGCUCAAAAGCUAUAACAGUUAGGCGAAUGAAUUAUUUUUUAUGAGAAAGCCAACAAAAUUCUCUGAAUAUCGACAUAUAAAACAAUGGAAAACAAAUAAGUCCAGCCGGUGAAAAAAUUGGUAGAAAAGAGGGUAAGAAACAGAGUGCUCUGCCAAGACCACCGAGAUAGAAGGCCUGUUCGAUGUGACGUCAUGACGUGAUGAUGUCGACCCUGGGGCCUGGUGGUCCGACUCUCUGACGCGAGUGACAAUCGACUCACUUCCGACUGCAACAGGUACUACCAAUUUGACUUUUCUCUCUGGAUGACUUUCAACUGCAGUAUAAAUACACUCUGCAUUCUAGGUAAAACUUCAGUACAGAUUAAUGAAAUGCCAUACUUAUGCCACAAUGUCCUACCUACAGUUAAUCCUAACUGUACAGUACAUGCAUUUUUCAUGUCAAUGAAGUACGUCACUUAGGAGAUUUCAAGAUUCCUACAGAGGUUCAUGAUACAAUUAUCAUUAAGUAGAUGUUCAAUAACUCCAGAGAGCUGAUACUGCUGAAUGUAUUUCGAACACUGCAAUAUAUAUUACAUUGCUGUUAUAAAACUAGUUAUUUCAUGGCAAUAAUUGUAGCUCUAGUUAUGGCUGAAUAAAUUUGAUUAUUCAUCAGAGCAGGUAA